AUGGUGUUAUUGCCGUGGCUGCUAUGGAUGUCUUUAGUCCCCAGCCGUGGCACUGGUGGCACUGGAAGCUGCAAGGAGAUUGGUUGUGGAGGUCAUGAUGAGACGUGUUGGUGCGUGGCGUCUUGUUGGAGCUUCAACGACUGCUGCGAGGACUUUGCGUCGGUCUGUCCGGAGAAGCCACCCAGUGUUCAGCUGGCGGAGGUGAAUUUCUUGGUCACCACAGACCUUCACUCCUGGAUCGAAGGUCGAAAGCAUCAGCCGCACCUGGACGCGAGUCUGGCGCAUGUGGCCUCCGUCCUAGAGCAUCUCCGCCACAGCGCCCGCAGCGCCAUGCGCGACGUCUUCUUCUUCGACAACGGCGACAUCAACGACGGCACUGGGCUAUCAGCCUCCGCAGAGGACCACGUGGAGUACCUGGCACCAGUAUUGCGGAGCGCUAAAUAUGAUGCCUUGAAUGUGGGCAAUCAUGAGUUGUAUCAGCGCAAUGGAUAUGGAAUGCUCCCAGGUGCUGCGUGUCCCAUCGUGGGGCUGAAGGAGUCUGGCUAUAUCGACUCGUGGAACGGAAGAUAUUUGACCUCCAAUGUCGUUUGGGCAAAGAGUCAGCAGCCCGUUGGAGAACGCUAUGCAGUCAUUGAGGGCGAGUUCGGAACGAAGCUCUUGGUCUUCGGUUUCCUCUACAACAUGCGCGACCAUUGUGAUGCCGUUCAGGUCUUGGAUGUCCAAGAUGUGGUGAACUCCACUUGGUUCCAAGAUGCAGUGGAUGGCUAUGCAGCUCAUGUCGAUGCUGUCGUCGUUCUGGCCCACAUGGACUACCGUGACGACUUGGUGGAUCUUCUCUGGCGUACACUGCGCAGCCGCGUGGGAGAAACGAAGCCAAUCCAAGUCUUUGCGGGACAUUCGCACAUCCGGGGCUACAGGCAGUUGGAUAACUUUUCUUCGGUCUACGAAGCUGGCUGCAAGCUCGACACAGUUGGAUUUCUGUCCUUCCAGCAUCGCUCGGAUGGUUGUGGUUUGGACUUUGACCAUGCGAACAUCACAGGGAACGUGCACGACAUGGCAGGUGCCUUACACCUGGACUUGUUGCGCCCGAAUCUCACCGUGAACCGAGCCCUAGAAGCUGCCAAAGUCGCAGCGGGCACUGAUCGGGUCUUGGGCUGUUCACCCGAACAUUAUUACCUGUCCAAUGCCUUGCAGGAAAAGAACUCCUUGUGGUCCUUCUACAUGGAGAAAGUGGUUCCUGGAACGCUCUUUGACUCCGAAGAUCAACUGGCGAUUCUUGGAACUGGAGCAUUGAGCUACGACAUCUUUCCUGGAACUUUUACUGUGGAUGAUGUCUACAUGACCUCACCUUAUGGGAAUUUCUGGUUGAUCCUGCAAAAGAUUUCAGGAGAAAUCCUACAACAACUGAUCUCCAAACUGAAUGACCCUGCGGAUUUCGCUGGCUUGGCAUCGCCAUUGCGCGGCCGCGGUGAGAGCGGUUUUCGGGUGCCAUCCUACGUGAGUUCAAGCGUUCCCAAGCCCGGCAAGACCUACGAUCUGAUUUUCUGUGAUUUCGAUCUGGAACCGAUCGUGCAACAUUUGAAGGACCUCGUGAAACAGCAGCAUUUCGAUCCACAGCUCUUCAAACCUGCCAUGAAUACCUCGAGUGUUUUGGAGGCAUGGUUUCAGAAGCAACCUUGCGGUGAGGAAACUUACAUCUAG